GUUAAGUUCAGACCUUUGCUUGCUGGGUUGCUGGUCAGACCAAAACUCUCUAGGAUACCGACAAAAACAAAAAAGAAGAAAAAAUAAUACUUAAUAAUCGUCGCCCAGACGCGCCGCUACGCCGGAGCGAGCUCUACGGAUCACACAAUCGGAACCCAUUGACGCGUAUGAUUGUAGGACCCAUCCAGUGAUGCAACAAUCAGACAACCAGCAGUGCCAUUGUCAGUGCCAGUGCCAGUGCCAGUCCCUGUUCCAAUCCCAGUCCUAACACCGCAGUUUCAAGAUGACUGAUAAUGGGAAUCAUCACCACCACAACAACAACAGCAGCAGCAACAAUAACAAUUAUAAUAAUAAUAUCAAUGAGGCAUCCAGACUACGCUUGCCCGAGGAGCAGCUGACAGCAGAGCAACCACAGCAGCAGCAGCAGCAGCAGCAGUCGCAGUCGCAGCAUCACUCAAAGAAUGGUACCGGCCAGGCCAAGGUGGUGUUAGCCAAUUCGCAUUCACCCACAAAGAAAAAGAAGCGUCGCGACAAGAGCGAUCUGGGCGAUGAUUUUGUGGCGCCCGAUGGCGGCUGGGGCUGGCUGGUUGCCAUUGCCAGUGGCGUUAAUAUUCUGGUGACAUUCGCUCUGGCCCAGCAGUUUGGCAUUUUGUUCCGCACUCGUAUGAGCAAUCUGGGCAUCAGCAACUCGGAGCUAACCACCAUCAUCAAUACACAGAUAGCCGUCUCUGCAUUUACGGGUCUUUUGAAUGGCCCGCUCUUCCGGCGUUACACAUACCGCGUGGUGGCCCUGUUCGGCUCAGUGCUGACCUUCUUGGGCCUCUUCUGGAUGGUGUUCGCCGAAAGCUUCACCGUCUACCUGCUCAGCUUCUCGAUCAUCUAUGGCUUUGGGCGUGGCCUGACGGUGUCCGCCUCCUCGCUGGCGGUGAACACGUACUUCAAGGUGAAGCGCCGCACAGCAACCGCGUAUCAGUUCGGUGUGGCCGGCCUGGGGCCCAUUGUGUGCCCCUACUUUGCCACCUACAUGCUGCAGGUGUUCGGUGUGCAGGGCACGACGCUGCUCUUCGCGGGCGCCUCGCUGCACACGAUCGCCUGUUCGCUGAUCUAUCAGCCGGUGAAGUGGCAUGUGGUGAAGCGCGACAGGGAUGCCGAGGCGCUGCACGAGCCGCAGGGACUGGCCGAGCGCGAGGACCAGGAUGGGGAUAUCAUCAAGAGUGUGGUGGAGCCGGAAACGCCGGUGCUGCCGCGCGCCAACGAUGGCUGGUUCGGGUCCAGGGCCUCGCUGAACAGCAGCGGCACCCGGAAUCGCCUUAAUACCUUUGAGAAGUCCGAGCACAGCGGACACGUGGAGCUGAAGCGUCUGAAUAGCCGCGGGGAGCGUACGGACAUUUCGCCGCGCCAGCAGCGCAGCAUUUCCGUGAGCCACAGCAUCAGGGAGGAGGAGCCAGAGUCGGGUACGGAGACGGACAAGCCGCAUCCUGGCUACGACUCGGAAUCCGAGGCGGAGGCCGUGUCCCUCAAGCUGACAGACAGGGACAAGCAGGAGCUGGAGGACGAGCUGGAGCGCGAGCGCCGCAAGAAGCUGCCCUUCUACAUGAAGAUCGUGAUAUUCUUCGAUCUGGAUCUGCUGCGUGACUUCACCUACGUGAACCUGGCCGUGGGCAUCACGCUGAUCAACUUUGUGGAGAUCAACUUUGCCAUUCUCACGCCAUUCAUACUGAACGAUCUGGGCUUCCAGAGUGACCAGAUAGCCCUGGCCAUGUCCACGCUGGGCUUCUUCGAUCUGGUCGUUCGCUUCCUCAUUCCACUGAUCACCGCCAAGAUCAAUCUGAGCAAUCGCACCUUCUUUGUGGUGGGCAUCCUGGGCAUGUGCCUCGGCCGUGUCUUCCUCUCGAUGACCUCCAAUUUCUAUACAAUGGUCGGCAUCUUUUUGUUUCUGGGCCUCAACAAGGCCUUCCGCACGGUCUUCUGGUCGUUGAUUAUACCAGGAUAUGUGCCACUGAAGCGUCUGCCAGCUGCCGCUGGACUUCAGCUACUAAUGUCUGGCACCUUCUCCAUGGCCUUUGGCCCACUCAUAGGUCUGGUGCGGGACCAUACCAGCUACGCUUUUACCCUAAACUGCCUGAAUGCCCUCUGUGUGAUGGCCAUUGCGGGCUGGUACCUGGAGGACUUUGUGCGUGCCCGCACACGCAAAUCGCAGCCCGUCAAGCCAUCGGUCAACUGAGAAUCCAUCCCCAAAAUCCAUCCCAGCCCUAAAUCUAGCGAAAUGUUUCUUCUUGUUACCCCCACCCCCACACCACCCCCAACCCAAAAGAUGUUUUUUUUUUUUUUUAAUUUGUAUUUUUAUAUUUCUUAAUGUAAAUUAUGUCUAUAAUCAGCGUGUACAUUGUGUAUAUAAUAAUUGAGUGUAGCUAAUUAUUUGUAUUAACUAUUGAUAAUUGUUAUUAAUAUGCAUAAGCUGCCAACACAACAAACCAAACAAAAGCAAAAGCAAAACAACGCAAAGCAAAACACAAACAAAACAUU